AUGUCUGGAAGCCAGAACCCAACCCCAAAGAAGCCCAACAAGAGCAUCCUGUCGUACUUCCAGCCCGCCGCCUCCUCCCAGCAGCAGCAGCAGACGCCAUCUCCACAGCGCUCAUCACGUCCAUCAUCGUUCCAGGACUGGUCGCCGCCCGCGCCGUCCUCGCCGCUCAGCUACAAGGCCACCCCUGUCCGGAACAAGAAGCCCGCGCCCCAGGAGAUUCGCGCCUCCGACGACGAGGGCAGCGAUGAUGGCUUCUCGGACGACUCUCUGGAGGACCUGUCGGCUCUCAUUGGGCGGGGACGGCCCGGUGCUGCUGCCGCACCGCCGGCGGCGGGAAACCAGCCCUCGUUUUCGACUCCCCGGGCCAAGAGGACGGCCACGGGGCCGUAUGUGUCGCCGCUGACCAUCAUACCCAAGCACAGGUUUGACAUCAAAGCCCUGGCCAAGGACGCCCGCCGUGAUAACGCCAUAAACGCAAGCUCGCUGAAGGCAAAGGCCUCCACAGGCGUCUCGGAACCCGCGUCUCCUCGUCGAGGAGACAACUUCGAUUCUGCCUUUACUGACAUCGUCAAGGAGAAGAGCGGGCAAGAUGCGCACAAAGUUCUGAGAGCGGUCCAAAGGGCGGAACCGAUUCAGUCCCAGGCUCGGUACUGCUUUUUCAACAGUGACUACAGGGUUCCGCCCAGCUCGCCCGUCCCCAAACUGCCCAAGGGCUCGCCGUGGAAUCUGUUGACGCAAGGAAACUCCGCAGCGAGGGAACGGAACCUCACCUCUGGGGUGCCUCAGACUAUCCUAGCGAAGAAUGGUGGGCUGCCGGAUGCCCUGUUUGAGUGGAUACUGGACGAGCUGUGCAUUCAGAAGUCCUCGCUUGUUCGGCGCGAAUACUGCAACAUCAUUCACAGCUGCCCUGAUCAGGUCGAACGGCUUUUGACUCCGGAGCGGCUGGAGGAGCUUUUCCUUAGGCUGGGGGCCACGGACGACAUCAAGGUUCGGGAGUCUGAGAUUGCCGUUUCGAAGCCAAGCCAAGAGCCAUAUCAGGACCACGACUGGUCAAAUCUGGAGUCUGUCUUCCUGCUCUUGGGGAUGAUUUCGGACCAUUUGUCGGUUGCGUCUGCCACCUACGCAGCGCAUACUCUGCUCCGUGUGUCCAUGGACAAGCUGUUGAUAUACAACACUGAUCUAUUGACGGCGUAUGAAGAGACGAUUGAAAGCCUGGUCAAUGCCAUCCCCAGUUCGUCCUGGGACUCUUUUUGCGGCGACGCAUGCUCAAUCCUACACGCAACCGUCAAGACGCAACACAUCAGGGCGAAUGCGUUACAGUGUCUAUCCAUCCGCGACGUCAGAACCCACGACAUCAGGAGGAGGCUCGCCCUCUCCUUCUUAUUCGACGACCCCUCUCUCGGCCGCCACCACCCCGAGGCCGUCUUCAGCGUCAGAGGCGCCAUCGACCGCCUCGGCGAAGAGGACUUUAGCAUCACGUCCCAAACGGACUUUGCCGAGCUCAAGGCCAUGGUCAUCACCCUCGACAUCGCCGUCGACGACGGCUCCCCGCCGGAAUCAGGCGACCCCGAGGAUGAAGCCAGGUUCAACCAGGAGGUUGACGAGCUCGCCGCCAGGCUCAGGGAGAUUUGGCGCAAGAUCAACGACGCGGGCAUGAAGAUUACGCGCACCGAGGCCAAGAGCGUCGUCGAGUGGGUGCAGCAGCGGCUGUCCAACACGGUGAGGACGCGCAGAAAGGCCAAGAAGAGCAUCUUUGAUCUUCCCGGCCAGGAGGACCGCUCGAACCUGCCCAAGCAGCAGGAGUACAUGGCCAAGUUUUUCCAAAGGAUACCCAAGCCGCAGACGGGAAGUGAAUGA